GAUGCAGUGCGUCCUCCUGAACAGCAGAUGGCGCGGUUAGCCUUGGACGUUAGCUGCGCUACUCUCUUAGUGUUCCACGUUGACUGUAAACAACAGUAGAGGUUGUUGUCACUCAGGUUGUAGCUUUAGCUUAGCGUUUUUAGUUUUAUGUAAGUUUUUAUAAAUAUGUCACGGUUUUAAAAGCGUUGGCGCUAAAGGAGGCAGCUAACGUUAAGCUAAUGGCGGAAGUUACUGGACGUUAGGGGCUAACUGACAGUUAACGAGUCGUCUCCUUGUAUCGUGUCGGUUUAGGUCGGUGGAUAAACACAGCGAGAUGACUGGACGUUACGGACGCUAUGAUUAAGUGUUUGCCCGGAGAGGUUCAGGAGACGCUCCGCUCCGGUGUCUCCAUCCCCUCCCUCCAGCAGUGCGUGGAGGAGCUCGUCCUGAACAGCAUCGAUGCAGGGGCCACCUGUGUGGGGGUCCGGGUGGACAUGGAGUCCCUCAAAGUGCAGGUCAUCGACAACGGGGACGGCAUGAGCGCCGAGGACAUGGAGCGUGUGGGAAACAGAUACCACACGAGCAAAUGCAGCUCCCUGGAAGACCUGGAUGAUCUCCGGUGCUACGGUUUCAGAGGAGAAGCCCUGGCGAGUAUUUUUGCUUUAUCCACACUUGUUGAGAUCACGUCCCGCACCAGGUCGUCAGUGAAAACACACGUGAAGGUUUUCAAGAGCGGCAAAGGCCUCCGUGUGUUUGAGGCAGAGGCUGCUCGACCCUCUGCGGGCACCACCGUCGUCAUCAGUAACUUCUUCCACAGCAUGCCGGUCCGGAGGAAGAGGGUGGACGCUGUCCUGGAGGGAGAGAGGAUCAGACACAGAGUGGAGGCCAUUUCUCUGAUGCAUCCCUCUGUGUCCGUCACCCUGAGGAAUGACUGCACCGGAGCCAUGGUGGUGCAGCUCAGCAAAGCCAGGAACACUCACCACAGGUUUGCUCAGAUACACGGCACUGAGCGAGCACAGAAACUGGGAGAAAUCCGCCACACGCACGGGCAGUUUGAAGUGACUGGCUACAUCGGCAAAGAGGGCCACUACAACAACAGCUUACAGUUCCUGUACGUGAAUGGCAGACUGCUGUUGAAAACACGCAUACACAAGUUGUUGAACUUUCUCCUGCGCAGACUGAGCAGCACUAAUCAGAGAAACGACAGUCCCGAUGGGCAGUCUGCCAUCAGGAGUCCAAAGCAUAAACGGAGCCAAGAGCUGAAUGGAGUAUACAUCAUCAACAUCAAGUGCCCUUACUCGGAGUACGACAUCUGUCUUGAGCCUGCUAAGACGUUGAUCGAGGUGAAAGAUUGGGAUGGCAUUUUGUUCUGCAUAGAAGAGGCAGUGAAGGGUUUUCUGAGCAGAGAGAACUUGAUAGCUGUGCUUUUUCAGGUUGAUUUGGACGCUAUAUCUCCUGCACAGAUUAGUAUGGACAAUACAUCCAGAGAGGGUCACAGUGCUUCCACACUAGAUCACAGUAUUGGAAUGAAGCUGGCCUCUGAAUCUGUGUAUCGUCCACGCAAAGAUUUCUGUGUUUCGGAGGACGGUGUUUGCCGGGAGUCUGGUCUGCUUGAGUGCAGCGAAUACAAGGCUGAUAAGAGACCUGCAAAUGAUUUGGAAAAGACACAACAUGAAGAAUGUGUACACAAAGACUGUAGAGAUGAGCCGCAGUGUGAUUUGACUCAACCGGAACUUGCAUCUGAUAAAGACAUCACUGAGGAAGAGGAGAAACCAUCCAGUAACGCUCAGAUUUUAUGUGUUUCAGCUUCCCCAGAGAGUGAAAAAACACAAUUUACAAAAAGAAGAAGAAAAGAUCUAGGAUUAAGCAUCACUCAACAUAUUCAGCCUGAUCUAAACAGCACUGAGCAGUUACUACUGUCCUGUCAGGGUGCAGGAGGACACAGACCUUUAAUUAGUAACAGAAAGAUCAGCGUGUCUGAUCCAUUCAUUCAUCCAAAUCUGCAGGAUCAGCACCCAUCCCAAAUCAACAAGUCAGUAUUUCAGCAGCAGAAUCCAGCACAGAGAGCAGCGGAGACAUCAUUUACAUCCAAGUGCAAAAUUUCACUGGUUACAGGCCCUGACAGAUGUUCUCGAAGACGAUGCAACGACUUUGCUCCCGUCGUUCCCUCAAAGAUCCCCAGAAUUGGAUCUUGUCAAAGGUUGUCUUUAUGGAAUGAGUCUGGAUCUCUUGAUAAGUUUAGAAGAAUAUUUGGUAAAUCUAAAGAAUCAAAAUUAUCCUCUCUGGAGACUCGUAUUGAAAACAAUUCUCAGCUCCCUCAGACAAACCGCCCAAUUUUGAACCAGCAGAAUUUGUUGGUUUUUCAGAAAAAUCAGGUAGAUGGUGGUGAUACAGAGACAAGAGAAAAUGAGACACAGAGCAGUCUCCAAAGUCCCCCAACCCUCUCAGGUUUCACUCAGCUAAAACCACACUCAGCUCAGAAUAAAGGCAAAAAAUCUUUGGCGGCUAAACUCUGCCAUUUGAAACAACACGAGCCAGUGGACUCUAAAGUGUCAGUGGACAUCUCUGGGACUAACUCACAGGUAGUCACAGGUGGUAAUGACAUCCAAGACAGCAAUAACAACGAGAAUCCCUGUGACCCUUCACUGGACCCUGAACCAGCCUCGGGUUGUAAGACAAUCGCUCAGCAGGUUGAGAAGGAAGAGGAUACAACAUCAGGUGACUGGCUCCAUCACUACGAUGCAUCAGUGGGAAAGACAGUUUACGUCAACAGAGUGACUGGUCUUAGCAAAUACGAGGACCCAGAAGAAGAAACUCAAGUGCGUUGUACAUCUGAUGUCACCAAUAUGGCCGUUAGCGUCAUCUCUGAGACAGGGAUGGAGUACAGGUGUUACCCAUUUCAGGUGGAUCUCGUUUUGCCCUUCCUGUCUAAAUCCAGGACUGAGAGAGUGAUUAGUUCAGGGCUUGAUGGCAGAGGUACCUCACAGACAGAUCAGACUGUAGACUGUGACGGUGGUGAGAAUUCACUUUCCUCAUUGUACUCAAAGUGGAGUAAUCCCGUGUUCGUCCAACCUCCCAUGGUGGGCGUGGACAUAUCAAGUGGACAAGCGGAUGGACUCUCUGUGAAGAUUCACAACAUCCUGUUUCCAUACCGCUUUUCCAAGGCCAUGAUUCAAUCAAUGAAGGUUAUUCAUCAAGUGGAUAAGAAGUUCCUUGCGUGUCUUAUCAAUACACAAAAUGAAGAACCGGCAGCACGACCUGAAACUAAAGAAAAUCUUCUGGUGCUGGUGGAUCAACAUGCUGCACAUGAGAGAAUACGACUUGAAAAUCUUGUUGCAGAUUCCUAUGAGGAUGACCCAAACGCACCAGGGGAGAGACGUCUGCGUUCGUCAAACAUUUUGCCACCUCUUGAGAUACAUGUGACGGAAGGGGAGCUAAGGCUGCUUAGGUCCUGUCAGCCACAUUUCCAGAAUCUGGGCUUGGAAGUGACAUUCUCAGAGGCAGCAGAUACACAAGUGUUUGUGGGGAAGGUACCACUGUGCUUUGUGGAAAGGGAGAGUAAUGAGCUUAAGCGAGGGAGACCAUCUGUAAUUAAGCCUAUAAUUGAGGAGUAUCUUCGAGAGCAGAUUGAGUUGCUCCGCUCAGCUGGUAGAGUGAGAGGAACGUUGCCUCUCACUGUGUUGAAAGUGCUUGCCUCCAUAGCAUGUCAUGGUGCCAUCAAAUUCAACCACAGCCUGAGCAGCAUUGAAUGCAACUGCUUGGUAUCAUCCUUAUCUACCUGCAAGCUGCCCUUCCAGUGCGCCCAUGGCCGCCCCUCCAUGAUUCCACUUGUUGACAUCCUCCAUUUGGACAAAGACCAGAAGGAAUUAAAGAAACCAAAUCUCCAGAAGCUGAGAAGAAUGCAUAAAGCAUGGGAACUAUAUGGCAAUAGAUAAAAGGGUGUUUAUUGUAUUGUGUAUGUGUGUAUUUUAUAUUAAAUAUUUUAUUUAUUGUCAGUGAAAUUAAAUGUAAAAAAAAAUUCUAAAUAUGAACUUAUUAAAUGGCUAAAAGAGUCAGAUUCCCCUGAAUGCCCUGCUGUUGAAUCCUUUUGUUUUGUAAAGCAACUGUAAAUUAGGGAAAGUUUAGUAUUUAAAUGGAUAUAAAUACGACAUUGUCAUGAUAUGUAAGAAAACAAGAGGAAAUACUAAAAUAAACACUGAUGG